UAGAAUUCGCUUGGUGGACAAGUCUGUCGGGUCGGAUCACAGGUUCACAGCUCAGACGACGCGAGUAAUUCGGUGUGAGCGGGGGGAAAAGGAGGAAAUGAAGUUAUUCAGCAGGUCCUUGGCUCCCGGGCACAGCACGCGAUCCCAGCGUUUGGUUGGGAGUAGCUUCCCGUUAAAGCCCAGGUCCCAAGUUACAAGGUGCGAGGUUUUUUGUUAACUAUUUCGGAAGGUGUAAGGAAUUUCCAUUCCUUACUGACUCGUCACGUUCGGCCUACAUUUUCGACCCAACCCUUUCUCGAGUCGCGUCCGACAGCGUCGCCACAUUGCCGAACCUACCCACGUCCCGAGGUUAUCGUCAUAUUACGUCUACUCCUAUAUAACCUCGUGCUUUCAUUGCAAUAGUGACCUUGUAUUCUCACGUUAUACGCGCGAUAAAAGCGGGAGCAGCAGCAUACGCCGUCGAUCUUCGCGAAGUGACGUCGCCGAUAACUGCGGAAGAUAUCACGAAGCUGUGUGAAGCCGUUCCUCCGGAUUUAGCGGAACUCAUUCGAAAAUACCCCGAGAUUUUCCCGGACGACCUACCCGCCGGACUCCCGCCAAGCCGACCCGAAGACCAUCGCAUCGAGCUGGAACCAGGCGCACAACCGACAGUACAGCGACAAUUUCGGCUCAGCCAACCUGAACUCGAAGAAUUGCAGCAGCAGUUAGAUUACCUCAUGACGAAGGGUUUUAUCCGACCCAGCACGUCCCCAUACGCCGCCCCGAUACUGUUCACACCGAAAAAAGAUGGAGGAUUCCGCAUGUGCAUCGACUACCGCGCGCUCAACCGCAUCACCAUCAAGUCCCGUUACUCGAUCCCGCUAGCCGACGACCUCCUCGACCAACUUCGCGGAGCCAAGUUCUUCUCGAAAAUCGACCUUCGAGGAGGUUACCAUCAAAUUCGCGUCACCGCCGACGAUUGUCACAAAACCGCUUUCCGAACCCGCUACGGCAAUUACGAAUACCUGGUGAUGCCUUUUGGCCUCACAAACGCGCCCUCGACUUUUCAGAUGACCAUGAACGGUGUUUUCCGCGAACUCCUGGAUAAAUGCGUAAUUAUCUACCUCGACGACAUCCUAAUCUACAGCUGCAGCAGGGAGCAGCACUUAAAGGAUCUUGAUGCAGUCUUCACGCUGCUGCACAAGAAUCGCCUCAUCACGAAAGGGUCUAAGUGCGAUUUUCUUAAGCAAGAGUUGGAGUUUUUGGGCCACGUCGUCUCUACCGAAGGAGUGAAAAUCGACCCCAAGAAAAUCAAGACUAUACAGGAAUGGAAGCCGCCGACCAACCUCAAGGAACUACAGAGUUUUCUGGGUUUCGUCAACUACGUCCGCUGCUUCAUCCCCAAUAUGGCUGGGUUAUCUGCUCCUCUAACUGACCGACUGAAGGAUCACGACUGUUUUUGGUGGGGAGAGAAGCAGCAAGCUGCAUUCGACCAACUCAAAAUCGCCCUCACGUCGCCACCCGUACUUCGCAUCUCCGAUCCCGACCGUCCAUACGAAGUCGUCACCGACGCCAGCGACAUCGCCAUCGGUGCUGUUCUCCUCCAGGACUUCGGCGACGGGUUACAACCAGUCGCCUACGAAUCACAGAAACUGCAGGGCGCGGAGAAAAACUAUACCGUACACGACAAGGAAAUGCUGGCGAUCGUCCACGCGUUCAAGACCUGGCGGUGCUACCUGACCGGAGCUGAUGUCACGGUGCGGACGGACCACAAAUCCUUACAGUACCUGCGCGCCCAACCGAAUCUCAACCCGCGACAGAUUCGAUGGCUCGAUUUCCUCGAGUCCAACUUCCACUACACCAUCACCUACAAACGGGGUGCCAAUAAUAUCGCCGAUGCCUUGACCCGCCCUACUGUCCAUACCGCUGCGAUACUAAUCGCCCAGACCAACCCAUUACUUACGAGACUAUUCACCCACGGCUACAAGAUCGAUCCCUUUUUCCGCUCAGCCAUCCAUCAACAGCAUACCACAACCACCGGGCCAUAUUUUUAUAAGCGUGAGAGGCGAGAGAGAAGGGAACAAGAGAGGCGAGAGACGGGUGGGGGGGAGGGGGGCGAGAGAUCAGGGAGAAAGAGAGGCGAGAGAAGGGGGAGGAAGAGAGGCGAGAGAGGGGGGAGGAAGAGAGGGAGAGAGGGGGGAGGAAGAGAGGCGAGAGAGGGGGGAGGAAGAGAGGCGAGAGAGGGGGGAAAAAGAGAGGCGAGAGAGGGGGAGGAAGAGAGGGGAGAGAGGGGGGAGGAAGAGAAGCGAGAGAGGGGGGAGGAAGAGAGGAGAGAGAUGAGGGAGUGCGAUAGGCGAGAAACUAGGGAGGUAGAGAGGCGAGAGUCGAGGGGGGGAAGAGACCAGAGAGAGCUGGUGGGAAGAGAGGCGAGAGAGCAGGGAGAGAGGGGAGAGAGGGGGCGGAAGAAGGGAGAGGGAAGGGGAGGAAGAGAAGCGAGAGAGGAACAUGGAAGAGAGGCGAAGCAGCAGGGAAGAGAGCGGGGCGUGAGAGAGGGAGAAAGGCGAGAGGGCAGGAACAUGGAAGAGAGGAGUGAGAGCAACGGGAUCGUGAGGAGUGAGGGCAGGGGAGGGAGACAGGCGUCAGAGUGCAGGGAGAGUGAGGGGAGCAGGAGAGGGGUAGUGGAUUGAGAGCAGGGGAGGGGGAGAGGAGGGA